AUCCUUUGUCGCUGAACUGCAGUGUACAAAUCUAUCGUGUGCCAGUUAUGCCAGUUGAACUGUUUUCGUUUCUAAAAUUAUACAACCCGAUCAUUUGCGAGCGAGUUUUGUUGCAAAUAAACGCACUUGAUAUUUCCUGACGUUCCGUUCCAUGUGACUCGUUUACCGUUUCGCUUUUAGCAGUAUUGUCAUCCAUGUUGGAUAAUACGUGGUAACAUCCAAUUUUCGUAGCAUUUCCAAAUUAAUCGAAUCGUGCACACGCGCUGGCUGUGUGAAUUCCUGGGUAAAGAAGGUCGAGCUGAAUCGAUAUCUGUGGAUCAGGCUAACAAGGGAGUGAAAGAGGACAAGGGGGACAGAGAGAGGCAGAGAGAAAGGGAUAGGGGAAUAACAGUUUAUUGACAUUUUAUCGAUUUUCCCUGUGUUGAGCGGAGGCCUCGGCUACAAAGAAACGGGCUGCUGGUGGUUGAUCACGGGGCAGAAGAACGACGUGUGUGGGGAAUUUUCUGACCUUUUUUCCGCAUUGUGGGAGAGAAUUGUAAAUUUUCGGGACGUGCAAGAUGGCGAUGAAGGCCAAGGGAUUUAAGGAGCGUCGCAGUUUCCUGGACCGUGUCAACGAUGUUGACCAGAUCCGUCGUCACCAUCCCGACAAGAUUCCCAUUGUGAUUGAGCGUUUUGAGAACGAGAAGAAUCUGCCACUGUUGGAUAAGGCCAAAUUCUUGGUUCCGGAUUAUAUCACCGUGUCCGAGCUGUCACGGAUUAUCAGACGUCGCCUGUCGCUGCAUCCCAAUCAGACCUUCUACUUGAUGGUCAACUCGCAGACGCUGGUCAGCAGCUCCACCUGCAUCUCGGACAUCUACGACAAGGAGAAGGAUGACGACGGAUUCCUGUACAUGGUGUACGCCUCCGAGGACGCUUUCGGAGCAUGAAGCCAAAUCAACCAGCCGGCGCGUUCGCACUGUUCCAGCACGGGGGAAAUUUUUUUAUUAAUCAUUUCCCCGAUCAUUUUUAGUCAUGUCAUUUACGACAUUCUUACGCCGUCAGCCUUAGCCACUCCAAUCGCAGCAUAAAACGGAAAUGGGAUGAGAGUGAGGAAAAAAUGGAGGGGAAAAAUAUUUUUACAGAGGAAUAUUGCGAGGGUAGUUGCGUUAGAUGUUACGGUUGUGUUUCUGUUGCUUGGUGUGGAAUAUGGGCAAGAAAUCUAUCUCAACAAAGUAUUACUACUGGACUAGUAAUCUUGUUUUCUGUGUGAUAUUGUACCUGGGCGGGCUUGUAUUUUUGGUUUGUACAUAAAGAAUAGAAUAUUGGUUGGGACGUCAUUUGAGCAGUUGUAAUCUGAAUGUGGGUUUUCGGAUCUGUUCAAUAUGGUUGUUAACUUUGGCUUUUAUUUUUUAAUAUCGGUGAUGUACAUUGAGAGAAAAUAAUAAUCAAAAUGUGUGGUUA